AUGUCGACGUCCAACGCUAAUUUUAAAAACAAAUGUGUCGCCCAGGUCAACUGCAUAUUUUGUGACAGCGUGCUCUGCAUGAGAGGCAUGAAAGCAGUGCUUCUUGCAGACACCGAGGUUGAGCUGUUUUCUACUGAUAUACCUCCAAAUAGAACCGUUGACUUUGUGGCCAGCUGCUACUCGACUGAAAGCUGCAAGUGCAAAUUGAGAGACAUUGCAUGUCUCAAAUGUGGUAACGUAGUAGGGUAUCAUGUUGUGGCCCCCUGUAAACCCUGCCUGCUCUCCUGUAAUAACGGACACUUCUGGAUGUUCAACAGUGAUGCCGUCUCCACGCUGAACAGAUUGGAUUCAACAGGUCUCAAUUUGCUGCUGUGGGGAGAUCUGCCCGAGCUGGACGACAGCGAAGACGAGGAACCCGAAAGCCCAUCAGAGGAGGAGUGCAUCAGGUAA